GUUGACUUCAAUGUGCCGAUGAAAGACCUGAAGAUCACAAACAACCAGCGAAUUGUGGCCGCUUUGGAUACCGUGCGCUACGCUCUGGACCAGAAGGCCAAGAGUGUGGUCCUGAUGUCACACUUGGGCCGACCCGAUGGCAAACGAGUGGACAAAGACUCGCUGCGACCGGUGGCCGAAGAAGUCGGCCGUCUUCUCAACAAAAAUGUGACGUUUCUGAACGACUGCGUGGGGCCGGAGAUCGAGUCCUCGUGCUCUAACCCGACGCCCGGAUCUAUUAUACUCCUCGAGAAUCUCAGAUUUCAUGUCGAAGAGGAGGGCAAAGGUGUGGACGCGUCCGGCAAUAAGACGAAGGCCUCCGCCGCCGAUGUGGAGGCGUUCAGAGCCAGUCUCACAAAGUUGGGAGACGUCUACGUGAACGACGCCUUCGGUACAGCACACAGGGCUCACUCAUCGAUGGUCGGCAUUCAAUUGCCCCAAAAGGCCGCCGGUUUUCUCAUGAAUAAAGAGCUUAAGUACUUCGCGAAAGUGAUGGACACACCCGAGCGGCCCGUUUUGGCCAUUCUUGGCGGCGCUAAAGUGAAAGACAAGAUCCAAUUGAUCAGCAAUUUGUUGGACAAAGUGAACGAAAUGCUGAUUGUCGGCGGAAUGGCCUUCACUUUCCUCAAGAAGCUCAACAAUAUGGAGAUCGGAAGCUCUUUGUAUGACUCAGAAGGGGCUGAGAUUGUGGAGGAAUUGAUGGCAAAGGCUGCGAAGAACGGCGUGAAAAUGCAUUUACCCGUCGAUUUCGUGACGGGAGACAAAUUUAAUGAGAACGCGACCGUCGGUGUGGCCACUGUUGAGUCGGGAAUACCUGCCGGACAUCUCGGUCUCGAUUGCGGUCCCAAAUCGGUGGAACUGUUUAAGGAACCGAUAGCCAGGGCUAAGACUAUCAUUUGGAACGGACCUGUCGGUGUCUUCGAAUGGGAGAACUUCUCGAAGGGAACGAAAGCAGUGAUGGAUGCGGUCGUGUCGGUCACUGACAGAGGCGUCACAACGAUUAUCGGCGGCGGCGAUACCGCCACGUGUUGUGCCAAAUGGGGUACUGAAAGCAAAGUGAGUCAUGUAAGCACCGGUGGAGGCGCUAGUCUCGAGUUACUAGAGGGCAAAGUGUUGCCCGGAGUGGCCGCUCUCACCGACGCCUAAUACGGGCCCCGAAAAAAAUAUUUAGUGAAUGUUUUAGUCAUAUCUAUAUAUCUUUUAAAUUAAAUUUUCAAUUGACGGCCGAAUUGUCCGAAAAGUUUUUAAAUAAUAUAUAUAUUAAAUUCUGUGAGCGUUUUAGUGUCUCAUCAAAAUAUUUUAAAUUAUCAAUUAUUGUGUAGUUUUUCAUUCAAAACCCGACCACAAAAAUCAUAUGUUUAUAUAUUUACGAGU